UUUGUUUUCAUUUUUAAUUGACAUAAACCCAAUGCAAGUAGAGAUCGACAUGAGUUGCAGACAACUUUACAAAUGGUUCCUCCUGGUGAGUCUCCUUCUUCUUCUGCCUCUGAUGUUGAUAAUUUAAGCCACCCAACAACAGCAGACAAGGUUGUUUUUCCAAAAGGUGUUAGCUCUCCCCAGGUUGCUGCAAAUCAUGUUAUUUCUGCUCGAAACCGUCCUAACUUUGUGCGCUUACUCAAUUUUGCACAGGAUGUAAAUUAUGCUAUUGAAGCUUCAAGGAAAUCACGAAUUGCUUUUGGAGUUGCUAAUUCAAGUUUGGGAGGGGCUGAAAAUGGGGAGGUUAUAUCUUCUGUGAAAAAAGCUCUUGAUUUUAACUUCCAAGACUGUUACGCUUGGUACGUGUGGCAAUGGAAGCCAUUAGCCAUUAAGAAAACAAAUCUGGUUGGUGAGGAUGAUUUUAUACUAGGAGGAAAUUUCAUUUUGAUGGUAUAUCUUUGGGUAUGAAGUCCUAGAGGACAAAAAGAAAAGGGGAAGGGCAGUUCUUCCUUCUGCGAAAAACUGGCAAGUGCCUGCUUUCCAAAACUCACUGUACAUGUGUGACAAGAUAAAUCUGGGAUUUUCAGUAUAUUCUUUCACAAGCUGCAACUGCAUUCUGACUUGGGACAAGCCCUGUUAAUUUCCUUCUCAAGUUGGUAUUGAAGACUUGUGAUUCAUAAGGUUUAUAUGUGAAAGUUUUCUAAGUUGUAUAAAUAGGUGAUUAUGCUCAAAAAGAAUUGUGGUUGAAGAAAUAAUUUUGUAUAAAGAUAGAGAAGCCAACAAUAGUAGAUUGAGGUGGAUUGAUAGAAAUUCCAAUAGUAGAGUUUGCCAUUAUUUUGGCAUCAGUGUUCCCUGGAGGGAGUUUUAGUUCACCUGACUAAUUAAUUUGUUAAUGCUAUUUUACUUGGAGACCUCUUUAGGAAAUACAGUGAUAUACAGCAGCAUGUGCUUGCUCUUUUGCCAUAGGGACUGCUGUUUUCUCAUUUCAAGCACCAUGAAGCAAAUCACUGUAG